UCUUACCGGGCCUCAAAGUCUGGAGGCCCAGGUAAGAGCACAGCAUGCGCUUGUGCUUCAAGAGUGUCUUUUUCCUCUGGCCACCUCCUCAGGCCAGGACGUUUUCGCAUCCCAAGCACCACACUGCUCUCUCACCUGGCCCCAAAACCCGGCAACCCAGGUAAGAGAGUGCCGUGGUGUUUGGACGAAUUUUUUUUGGGCCGAUGCGGUCUUUUUUCCAAGCGCC